GGCGGAGCCAAGCGCGGCGCCCCCAGCCCCGGCCUUGCGCGCGGCGGCCUACGCCGGGGCUAUGGCUCGGGCAGUGUGCCAAGUGCACGCGGCUCGGCUCCUGGCGGCGGUUUCUGCACACCGGGCAACCGGGGUCGGGGCGCAGCGGGGACUGAGCGUGCGGCCGGCCACGCAGGAGCCCGGCAUGGAAUAUCAGGAUGCCGUGCGCACGCUGAACACCUUGCAAACCAAUGCCGGCUACCUGGAGCAGGUGAAACAUCAGCGGGGUGACCCCCAGGCACAGCUGGAAGCCAUGGUGCUAUACCUGGAGCGGAGCGGGCUGCAGGUGGAGGACUUAGACCGGCUGAACAUCAUCCAUGUCACAGGGACCAAGGGAAAGGGCUCCACGUGUGCCUUCACUGAACGGAUCCUCCGAAGCUAUGGCUUGAAGACAGGAUUCUUUAGGUGCGCGAGCGGAUCCGCAUCAAUGGGCAGCCCAUCAGCCCCGAGCUCUUCACCAAGCACUUCUGGUGCCUCUACCACCGCCUGGAGGAGACCAAGGACGGCAGCUGUGUCUCCAUGCCCCCCUACUUCCGCUUCCUCACGCUCAUGGCCUUCCAUGUCUUCCUCCAGGAGAAGGUGGGUGCCCGCUCCCCAGCACCCUGUGUCUGAGGCCUUGGGGAAGGGGAUCUCGGCAGGCGGGGCAGCUCCCUGCUCCCAUGUGGCAUCCAGGGACCUCUGUGCCCCCUGCCAUGCUCUCUGGCCUCUGCAGGUGGACCUGGCGGUGGUGGAAGUGGGCAUCGGCGGGGCUUACGACUGCACCAACAUCAUCAGGAAGCCUGUGGUGUGUGGAGUCACCUCUCUUGGCAUUGACCACACCAGCCUUCUGGGGGACACAAUGGAGAAGAUUGCAUGGCAGAAAGGGGGUAUCUUUAAGCACGGCGUCCCUGCCUUUACCGUGCUCCAGCCUGAAGGCCCCCUGGCAGUGUUGAGGGACCGUGCUCAGCAAGUCUCAUGUCCUCUUUACCUGUGCCCACCACUGGAAGCCCUGGAGGAAGAGGGGCCGCCACUGACCCUGGGCCUGGCGGGAGAGCACCAACGGUCCAAUGCGGCCUUGGCCUUACAGCUGGCCCGCUGCUGGCUGCAGCAUCAGGACUACCAGGGCCUCGGAGAGCUGAAGGCUUCCAGGCCGAACCUCCUGUGGCAGCUGCCCCAGGCACCCGUGUUCCAGCCCACAUCCCACAUGCGGCAGGGGCUUCGGGACACCGAGUGGCUGGGCCGGACUCAGGUGCUGCGUCACGGGCCUCUCACCUGGUACCUGGACGGGGCGCACACGGCCAGCAGCGUGCAGGCCUGCGUGCGCUGGUUCCGCCAGGCGCUGAGGGGCCGCGAGAGACCCAGCCACGGACGGGAGAUGCGUGUCCUGCUCUUUAACGCCACUGGGGACCGGGACCCGGAGGCCUUGCUGAAGCUCUUGCAGCCCUGCCAGUUUGACUAUGCUGUCUUCUGCCCCAACCUGACAGAGGUGUCAUCCAUGGGCAAUGCAGACCAACAGAACUUCACGGUGACGCUGGACCAAGUGCUGCUCCGCUGUCUCACACACCAGCAGCACUGGAGCCACCUGACUGAGGAGCAGGCCUGCCCCGCCCUCUGGGGGCCCCCCAGCCUGGAGCCUGAUGGUCCUGAGCCCCACCCACCCCACACUCACAGCGCCAGCUCCCUUGUCUUCAGCUGCAUCUCCCAUGCCUUGCAGUGGAUCACCCAAGGCCGGGACCCUGUCUUUCAGCCCCCCAGUCCCCCAGAGGACUUCUUUGCCCACCCUGUGGCCAGCAGCGGGGCCAGUGCCCUCCGAGAGGCUGCUGCUGUCCACGUGCUGGUCACUGGUAGCCUGCAUCUGGUGGGUGGUGUCUUGAGGCUGCUGGAGCCCUCCCUGUGCCAGUAGCCGUGGUGGCGGGGUUGACGGUGGGGCCUCCCUACACCUGCCCUGCAUUGGCUCCAUGAACUCCUACACCAGGUGCCUUUUGAUGUCUGCUUUCCUGAUGCCGUCUAGAUUGGCCCAUGGACCUGGGUGCUGGGCAGUAAAAUGGGUUGGGAGUGGAAGGCUGGGAGGGGGUGUCCCUCUGUCUCUAAGCCUGAGGUGCCCUUGGCCUCGGUGCACCCCUCUGUGCCUUGACCUCUGUCUCCAAUGUCCCCCUUCCCCUGCUGAGACAGUCGGGGGACUUCCCAGCUCUCCCACUGUUGGGGUAUGCCUGGAGGCCCAGCAGUUCUCCCCUCCCACCCUGACUCCCUCCUGGCUCAGGCCCAGCCUUUUGCGUGAGCUGACAGGCCAGGGUCCUGCCGGGUGCUGAGUGGUAGAUUUCCUCCUCUCAGUGCCUUCUGGGAAAACAGAGGGCUCCUGUCUGGGCACCCUGGGGAUAGAGGCUGGCUAGAGUAAAUUAAAGCAUUAUUUUUUUAAAAACAAA